GCUAAUGCUCCGUUUCUCGACCGAUCGAACCCAUCGUCGCCGUCAGAGUUCUUUCGCCUUCGAUUUUGGGUUCUCUGGAAAGAAGAUUGUUGAUUUAUCGUAGGGACUAUGCUAAUGGACAUCGAAUCGAAGUAUGAAAUUUUACGGACGGCGGAAUUCAUUAUCAGCAGAAAUUUGACGAGAAUUGCUUUGCAGUUCCCAGAUGAGUUGUUGAAGGAUUCGACGAGGGUCGUGGGUGCUCUGAAGAGGAAAAUCCGUUUGCUUAAGGAUUCAAAUGCAGAAAGAAGUGAGGGUGAUGAAGGGGUCAGGUUUUUUGUGAUGGCAGACACAACUUAUGGAAGUUGCUGCGUGGAUGAAGUCGGAGCUUUGCAUAUUGAUGCCGAAUGCGUUAUCCAUUACGGCCAUACUUGUCUAAGCCCGACAUCAGUUCUUCCAGCAUUCUUUGUUUUCGGUAGAGCUCCCAUAACCGUGUCAAAGUGUGUGAAACACUUGUUAGAUUAUGCAUCUACCAGCGAUAGACCCAUUAUGGUCCUUUAUGGACUAGAAUAUGCACAUGCAAUCCAGAAUAUUAGAGAAGAACUGGUGGAAGCAUCAGAGUCUAGACCUCAAUCAAGAUUCCAUUUCGCCGAUGUAACAUGUUUGUUCAUUAGUCCAUCCAAGGAGCACUCAGGACCGUCUAGUGAACAUGCUGAUAACGACGAUUCAGGCACAACUACCAAAUAUACCUUAGGAGGGUUGACAUGGGACUUAUCGAAAGGAGACAAAAUGGAGGAUUGCUUGAUCUUUUGGAUUGGUUCCGAAAAUUCAGCUUUUGCAAAUGCAGUUCUGACCUUCAAUGGCUGUGACAUAGUUAGAUAUGAUGCUGUAGAAGAUUCUUUGGCUACAGAUUUUUCUCAACAGAGGAGGAUACUUAAGCGUAGAUAUUAUCUUGUAGAGAAAGCAAAGGAUGCGAAUAUUAUCGGUAUUUUGGUCGGAACUCUCGGUGUAGCUGGUUACCUUCAUAUGAUUCAUCAAAUGCAAGAGCUCAUAGCUGCUACUGGUAAAAAAUCUUACACGCUUGCCAUGGGAAGACCUAACCCUGCCAAACUUGCAAACUUCCCCGAGUGCGACGUAUUUAUCUACAUAUCGUGUGCCCAAACUGCUCUUUUGGAUAGCAAAGAGUUCUUGGCUCCCGUCAUAACUCCAUUCGAGGCCAUCCUGGCUUUCAGCAGAGGUAAACAAUGGACAGGAGCAUACCUCAUGCAAUUCCAAGAUUUAGUCAAUUCUUCGACAGCGGAAGCACAGAACCAGACAGAGGAGCCAAGGUUUUCCUUCUUUCAGGGUGGCUAUGUGGAAGAUCACGAUACAGAAGAAACUACAACUGGAGAAGAGGAGGAGGAGGAGGAGGAGGAUCGAGAAACGAUGGCGUUGGUACAGGCAGCAGAGAAAGCAUUGCAAUUGGGAGGCAAAGAUCUCAAUCCGCUCGACAAGAGGGCUGUCGCAAAAUCAGGGCCGGAGUAUUUGCUGAGCCGUUCUUAUCGAGGUCUGGAAAUGAACAGCGACAACACUUUGCCCGAGCCUUUCGUGGUGGGAAGAAGCGGGAAGGCAUCUGGUUAUGGUGACGAGAAGAAUCGCCAUAAUAGUUAAGAAUCAUAAUCUGAAGAACAGAGUUUUCGCGCUUUGAUCAUCCCCAGAUGCAGAAACCAAAGGUCUUUCAUUUCAUGUACCAUUUUUUUUCCAUUUUGUCUUAUAUUUAUCAGCAUUUUUGCUUCUAUUAUUUGUUCGUUGGAUGGAAAUUUAUUUACCUGAGAUGAUGCAGCAUUGGGAUUUCGGACACGAACCUUAUGUAGUCUGAUUAUUUCUAUUGAGAGUGUGUUUGAGUU